UUACCAUUUCGUAACUGCACAUUUUUGGAGUCAGACGGAAAGUAACUGUACUGUAUGUGACUAUUCUUUUCCCAACAGUGCCAACGGCGGACAAUAUCGAAUCGCUAGCAAAGUUUCUCGUGCGGUCACUGCUAUCGUUGAAAUAGGAACAUUUUCAGUCACUUUCGGGCUUGUGAAAGUUUCGCCGAAAAUACAGGCCAAAUGAGUUCGGGUGAGAUAUCGAUUGCUUCGCGGUGUGUGUGAACGGGUACGUUCAUUGCUAAUGUGGUUCGCUUUCGUUCUUGUACUAGUCAGCAUGAGUUGCGUCUGAUUCUGAUACUAUCUCAUUAAUAAUCACAUGUGAAUCACGAGAGAGUGAGCAAUAUUACUGUUGAUCCGGGUGUAGUAGAACAGUCGAAGGGGGAUCAACACACGCUUCGGCUCCCUGCUCCGUUCGUUCCUUGUCGAACGAACCAUCACCCGUCGCGGCGAAGUAGUUUCCUAAUUAGAUUUCACGACCAGGAUUUUCGCGCAUAUUCGGACGAAGAAAAACAUGAACUCGAAGCCGCCUUCCGCGACGAACGGAGCAGCAUCUGGGCAGCCAUCCAUCCCGUACGAUAUCGAUUGGAUAUUCCCACAGCUACGGAGACCUUCGCGACUAUGGCGGAUUGCUAGUACCGGAGUGAUUGGACUGGUCGGAUUCUUUUCCAAAGUCAUUAUCGUAUGGCUCAACAAGGCCCGUGUCCACAACAUCGAGGUGCUGGAAAAUGCACUGGAAAAUCGACCGACCGGGAUCCCACUGCUGACGGUGUCCAACCAUCACUCGUGCUUCGACGAUCCCGGCAUGUGGGGACUGCUGAAACUUCGUCUGCUGAAGCUGAAGAAUGUCUGCAACAAAAACGUGAUCCGGUGGUCGAUGGCAGCUCAUGAUAUCUGUUUCACCAACAAAUAUCAUUCGCUUUUCUUCAUGUACGGCAAGUGCAUUCCGGUGGUGAGAGGCGCCGGCGUGUAUCAGCCUGCCGUAGAUUUGUGCAUAGAGAAACUGAAGCUAGGCCACUGGGUGCACGUUUUUCCGGAGGGUAAAGUCAACAUGACCAAGGAAGAUCUCAGGUUCAAAUGGGGAGUUGGACGGAUCAUCUACGAAGCGCCAGUCCUGCCAAUCAUCGUCCCCAUCUGGCACAUCGGUAUGGAAACAGUGCUUCCGAAUGAACCACCCUACUAUCUGCGGUUAGGUAAGAAGCUGACGUACAACUUCGGCAAGCCAAUCGAUUUGAACGAGUUGAUGCAACGGUUGAGGGAGUCGCCCGUUAGUGAGGAGGAUGCCAGAAGAAUCAUCACCGAUAGGAUACAGGAGGAAAUGAUGGUGCUAAAAGAAGAAACUGAAACAUUACAUUUCGACCACGUAAAAAGCUGAGCCAAGCUGAAAUGGUUAUCCUGGUGGUCAACCAGUGAUAACUCUAGAUCAUAGAGAAAGAAAGAAACCACAUACCCUGUCACUUCAAAGCAUGGACUCACUACUCUAGACAUAUUCAGGGUAUGCAACAGAAUAGUCUAUUUAUUAUCGGUGAAUCCGAUAACACUCCGACCUACACUACAAAACUUGAUUGUCCAAACCUUGGAGCGACAGUGUACCAGACCAUAGCUGAUUACAGUUAGGAGAACGCUCGAUUUUACUAUUGUAAUUCCAUCCGAAGACUUGCACCGACACUUCAGUCGCUCGUAUGUCCGCAACUGAUUCAUCCACGCCAGACAUGGAGAGUUUGCCAUACUAUCACUUAUAGAGCUAACGCAUGAUCAGUGCAUUUUCCAUCCUAAGUAGACUAAUUUGACAGCCGCUGUAGAUUUACUUUUGCGAAUUAACUUUUAUUUGUUGUAUUAUAGAACAUCGAUCGUUUCUAGUCAGCUUAAGAAUCGGACGAUAAACGAACAUUUGAAACUAAAAGACAGCGCAUAUUGUUUAAUGCGAUUUUCCAGAUAGAUAAACCAUGUGACGAUAAAAAAGUGUGUACAUUAUAAAGAGGCUUUGAACUAAAACGUUGAUUUUUAAAUCGUUACCACCCAACCUGAUUUUACGUUAAAUGUCCUAUAGUUUUCGUAGCGAAUAGCUAAAGCAAUAAAUAAAUUAAUAAAAUAAUAUUAGUAAAAGUAAUAAAA